AUGAUUGUGCGUCUCGAUCCUUGUGGCUUAAUAUGCGUACUCAUGAUAUAUGGUUGCGUAAUUUAUGCCGACUACGUGAUCACGAUAUGGAUGGUUUUGCCCGUGUUCGGAGAAUCCAUUUGGGGUGCACUCCACAUUGUUUUGUUCAACACACUUAUGUUCAUGACUCUUUUCUCGCAUGCUCGAACGAUGCUAACAGAUCCAGGAGUGGUUCCCAUACUAAAAAAUGGAACAUUCCAUGACAGAACUGCUCAACUCCGUCUGCUGUCUUCCUCUUCGGAGGACGAUAGUCCCAGCGAUCGUGAAGCGAUGAUGCUCAGAAGUCGUGGAGGAACUGCGGCGGAUUGGACAAUGUGUACUCGAUGUGAAUCGUUCAGACCUCCUAGGGCCCACCAUUGUCGUGUAUGUCGUCGAUGUAUUCGAAAAAUGGACCAUCAUUGUCCAUGGGUCAACAACUGCGUUGGAGAAUUCAACCAAAAGUUCUUUCUUCAAUUUCUCUUCUACGUGGGGUUGUCUAGCACGUAUUCAAUAGUAGUAAUGGUUCUUUCAUGGGUCUACGACGAUGAGUUUGCUUCAACAGGACUGAAAGGACCUUUCGGAGAAAAUGCACACCACGCAAAAGUACUUCAUUCGAUUUUCCUUUCCAUGGAGAGUGCAUUGUUUGGGAUGUUUGUAUUAGCAGUUUCUUGUGAUCAGUUAAGCGCCAUUUUCUCAGACGAAACUGCCGUAGAAGCUGUACAAAGGCGGUCGAGGCAGACAUACAGGAAAAGUCGUCGUCGCAGCAGAUUUGCGCUGCUCAGAGAAGUCUGCGGAGGAGGUUCUAUUAUGUCCUGGUUCUUUCCUUGUUCGCCUGCACCAUCAGAUAGGAAUAUCACCGUGAGGCCCAAGGCCCUGACUCACUUCGAUGUCUGA